GGGCGGGUUGUUGUGAGGCGACUGCGCUACCGCCGGACCGGGGCGGUUAUGGCGGCUCCAUAUUAACACUCUCCUCCUCCUCCUCCUUCGCCGCCGCCGUCUCCUCCUCCUCCUCUCCCUCCCGCCCGUGCUCGCGAGCCCUCGCCCCCUUCACCCUGACGCCUACCUCUGCCCCUCAGUGACCCCCCCUCCCCUCUCCCCUGUUCUGCCAUGCCCGGCAUGAUGGAGAAAGGGCCCGAGUUACUGGGGAAGAACCGGUCGGCCAACGGCAGCGCCAAGAGCCCGGCGGGCGGCGGUGGCGGCGCCUCGGCCACUAACGGCGGGCUGCACUACUCGGAGCCCGAGAGCGGCUGCAGCAGCGACGACGAGCACGGUGAUGUUGGGAUGAGAGUCGGGGCUGAAUACCAAGCUCGGAUCCCUGAAUUUGAUCCAGGUGCCACAAAGUACACAGAUAAAGACAAUGGAGGAAUGCUUGUAUGGUCUCCAUAUCACAGUAUCCCAGAUGCCAAAUUGGAUGAGUAUAUUGCCAUUGCGAAGGAGAAACAUGGCUACAAUGUGGAACAGGCACUUGGCAUGUUGUUCUGGCAUAAACAUAACAUUGAGAAGUCCCUCGCUGAUCUCCCUAAUUUCACUCCCUUCCCGGAUGAGUGGACAGUGGAAGAUAAAGUCCUGUUUGAACAAGCGUUUAGUUUCCACGGGAAGAGCUUUCACAGGAUCCAGCAAAUGCUUCCAGAUAAGACAAUUGCAAGUCUUGUAAAGUAUUACUAUUCCUGGAAAAAAACGCGCUCCCGGACAAGUCUGAUGGAUCGCCAGGCUCGUAAACUAGCCAAUAGACACAACCAGGGAGACAGUGAUGAUGAUGUAGAGGAAGCACACCCAAUGGAUGGGAAUGACAGUGAUUAUGAUCCCAAGAAAGAAGCCAAAAAGGAGGGUAAUGCUGAACAGCCUGUACAAAGCAGCAAGAUCGGACUGGGAAGGAGAGAGUAUCAAAGUUUACAACAUCGCCACCAUUCUCAGCGUUCCAAGUGCCGUCCGCCCAAGGGCAUGUAUCUAACCCAGGAAGAUGUGGUAGCCGUGUCCUGUAGUCCCAAUGCAGCCAACACCAUCCUGAGGCAACUGGACAUGGAGUUGAUUUCUCUGAAACGUCAGGUUCAGAAUGCUAAGCAAGUAAACAGUGCGCUUAAACAGAAAAUGGAAGGUGGAAUUGAAGAAUUCAAACCUCCUGAGUCAAAUCAGAAAAUUAAUGCCCGUUGGACCACAGAGGAGCAACUUCUAGCAGUGCAAGGUGUCCGCAAAUAUGGUAAAGAUUUUCAAGCUAUUGCAGAUGUAAUUGGCAACAAGACUGUUGGCCAAGUGAAGAACUUCUUUGUAAACUACAGGCGUCGGUUUAACUUAGAGGAGGUAUUGCAGGAGUGGGAAGCAGAACAAGGAACCCAGGCUUCUAAUGGUGAUGCUUCUGCUUUAGGGGAGGAGACAAAAAGUGCUUCUAAUGUGCCAUCAGGGAAGAGCACUGAUGAAGAAGAGGAGGCACAGACUGCACAGGCUCCUCGGACUCUGGGUCCAUCACCUCCUGCCCCAUCAUCCACUCCAACACCAACAGCCCCCAUUGCCACUCUGAACCAGCCUCCACCUCUUCUUCGUCCAACACUGCCUGCUGCCCCCGCUCUUCACCGGCAGCCUCCUCCACUCCAGCAGCAGGCCCGGUUCAUCCAGCCGCGGCCAACUUUAAAUCAGCCUCCACCACCUCUCAUUCGCCCUGCUAAUUCUAUGCCACCCCGUCUAAACCCAAGACCGGUGUUGUCCACAGUAGGUGGUCAGCAGCCACCAUCACUUAUCGGAAUUCAGACAGAUUCACAGUCCUCACUGCACUAAAGAUUAAUUGGACAGAGCUGCAGUCGCUCUCCACCCCAUCAUUACACCAGGGCUCAUCUGACGAUGCAGAAGAGCUAACACUCUUCCUAGAUCACAAGGCUGCGGACUAGUUCUAUGGCAGGUGCACUAGAUGCAAAGGUUACUCGGCAGAAAGCCUUCCGUUAGCCUCCCUGCUGGGGUGUGUGUGUCCACCAAUGUGAACACGCGCGAAAGGAGGAAAAAAGUAUUCUGUAGACCACAGGGUUUUAUUUUGUUUUUACUGUAUUUAUUGAGGUUCGUCACAUUCUUGCCUCUUCAUAGUCAAGGCUCUUAGGACAGGAACAUUGACUUAGGAAUUAUGAAAGUUUCUUAAGGAUAUUUGGCGCUUUUUUAAUUUAAUUUUUAAAAACAUUUUCCUAUGUUAGGAGAGCAAGAAUAAAUAGCCUGCAUUUCAGAUUUUGGCAUUUCUUUUAUGCAUAUUUAACUAUAGCUACAUAUCCCUUUUUUUCCAAAAAAAAAAAAAAACGCUUUUUUUCUUAAAGGAAUUUAAAUACAUUCCUUUAAAAGAAAGCAAUUUAAUCAAUUGCAAAGCAAUUGUAUGAAGCCACAAAGAAUGUACUGAAUUCACUGACCCUUUAACGUGCAGUGUAGGGUCCAAGUGAAAAGUCCUUGUUUAAAGGUCAUUGGCCCUUCAUCUAUCAGUGAUAAGAGGAUUGGAAUAAUGCUUUUACACACCAAUGAGAACUUAAUGUGUUGAAAUAGAAUGUCUUUAAGUUCCUUGAAAGAGUUACUUUGGAAUUUUUUUUAGUAUUUUCUAAAUGAUAAUCUGCUUUUAACUAGUAGUUGCCUACAUUUGAGGACAUUAGAGUUAUUAUAUUUUGUCAGUUAUGUAGCAAUGAUGGUUAUGGAAACAUUUAUUUACAGUACUUUUUUAUGAUUUAGAUUCUGAACUUAAAAUUGCCCUCAUGCUUAUUAAAAUGAUCUGCACUUAAUAUGAAGGUUGUUUUCUUGAUAAAUCUAUUUUACUGUUUGGA